AUGGAGGAGGAGAUUAAUGAGUGCAAAGCUGCUAAGAAGAGAUCAUUCCCUCCAAAAGUGAAAGAUCUAGGAACUUUCACCAUUCCUUGCAUCAUAGGGAGGAAAAAGGUAAGGAAAGCCUUACUUGAUUUAGGGUCAAGUGUCAAUCUAAUGCCUUUAUCUUUACUUAAGCAAAUUGGUGAAUUUGACAUCAAGCCAACAAACAUGACUUUGCUAAUAGCGGAUGGAUCUUCAAUGAAUCCUUAUGUUAUAGCAGAAGAUGUUAUGGUUUGUAUAGGCAAACUACAAUUCUUGGUUGACUUUGUGGUGAUAAAGAUGGAGGAUGAAAGGCUGCCAAUUAUUCUUGGAAGACCAUUUAUGAAAAUGGCUAAGGUCAUCAUUAAUGUAGAUGAGGGAUUAGUGGUGCUUCAAGACCAAAAAGAAAGGGUGGUUGUUGACGUCUUCAAAGAAGAGCAGCAGAUGAAAAGGAAGAGGCUAGUUGAUAACAGUUGA